AUGUUCGGUCUAAGUUCCCACCACGCCGAACUCUUUAUGGCCCAUCUCGUCAGCGGGGUAAUCGCAGGCGUCGCAGUCGCCACCCGCAUAUGCGUCAAGAUGAAGACAAAACAAGGCAUCAGAGCGGAUGACAUGCAUUCCCAUGUAGACGACAUAGAGGUCACAGCGACGGAAGAAUCUCUCGUGCCUUCGCCGGUAUACCGCAAGGAUAUGUUUGCAGCGAUCAUGCUUGCCAUGACCGCUCAGUAUACAUGCAAGAUAUCGAUCCUCCUCUUCUACCGCCACAUCUUUUUCGCUAGCGAUUUCCAUCGAGAUGUAUCGCUAGGCCUCAUAGCCUUCACAUCGACCUGGUUGAUAUCUGCCAUCGUGGCCCUACUACGCAUCUGCCGGCCGCUCAAGCUCGUUUGGUUACCAGAAGAACAGCAUGAUGGAGCAAAAUGCGGGAAUUGGGUAGCGAUGGUAUUUUCUGUCCUCCUCGUAGAUGUGCUCACAGAUGUAGCCAUCCUCCUUUUGCCCAUUCGAACAGCAUUCACUCUUCAAAUGCCACUGCGAGCAAAGAUUGGCGUCGCAUCUAUAUUCGCACUGGGGGAUCCUCGUGAGAUCUACUUCCAUCGAGCAGAACUCUGGACGACUAUUCACCUAUGUACCGCCAUCUUGUGUGCUAGUGUACCCAUAUACAAGCCACUAUGGACGUCCAUCUCAACAAAGAUAAGGCGCAGGGUGAUGGGCGUACUGCUGCGGCCUGAGAAAGACAACGAAGAUGCUGUACAGUUGAGUAAGGCCGCUAGUGUAGGCCAUGAUAGAUGAGGCUGGGAUUACUCGGUAGCGAUCAAUGUAGCCCUGAGAGCGUUUCAGCAUUCCAAAUAAACUACAUGAAGUGAGAAAGGGUCUUGAUCAAUUCUUGGAGCAGCUUGUAUUCUCCAAAUUGUUGUUGUUCUUGUGAACGAGAGUUGUAUGGAAACUAGGUCGUUGUCAAGCUUCUCGCGCCUUACCGUUUGAGGGUAAGCGUUUUUGGUAAAUUUCCACAGCCAGCUAUGUGACAGAUAACACACGAACCUACGGAAAACGUCCGCAUCACUUGAAAGCUACGCUCAGUUUACAUGAAUUGUGUCUUUCGUGGCAUAUAUCUCAUUAUCAUGACAAAAGGAAAUGUAGCUAUUCAUGGUGGCGUGUCAUAAAGCCGAAACGUCAGGACGCCGCCC